AUGCGUGGUUUAGUGGUAUUGUGUUUCGUUGCUCUCUGUUCCGCUGCACCCAAUGGAUACGAUUAUCCUCGCCAAAAUUCAGCACCCGUAGCUGGUGGUUAUGGUGUACAACCUGUGAUUUCGAAACGUUUCUAUAUUUUCUCCGGACCCAUCGAAGAAGGCGUAGAAGUCCAACAUCAUGACAUAACUGUUGGUACUCCACGUAAAAACUAUAAUGUCGUCUUUGUCAAAGCACCCGUCGAAAAACAACAAAAGAUUAAACUCCGUGUUACACCAGCUGCUAAUGAAGAAAAGACUGCCAUUUAUGUUUUGUCAAAGAAAGCUGAUGCUCCAGUCGUUGAAACAUUUGUCCAAGAGGCUGUUACCACUACUAGCAAACCUGAAGUGGCUUUCAUCAAAUAUCGUACCAACGAAGAGGCUGAACAUGCUCAACGUCAAAUCCAAGCUGAAUAUGAUCUUUUGGGUGGUUCCACUAGUAUUUCCGAUGAAGGUGUUUCAUCUGUAAAAUCGGUAAUUGGUAUUUUGGAUAGCUUGCAAGCUGCAGCUGUAGGUAACUCAGUUGUAUCAGCAUCCAGCGGUUACUUGCCACCCACAAAGAAGUAA